AUGUGCCCCAUCUGCAACAAGCACAUCAGUCGAGAUCUCACCCGCCAUUUGCGGAUCCACAACGAGGUAGGGCGCUUCCAGUGCGUUUAUCCCCGCUACAUGUGCAACCACAAGACCCAGCACUUCAACCGGCCGUACGACUACAAGAAACACUUGCUCCACAUACACUUCAAGUUCGACGACCCCAAGGGCAAGUUGUCUCACACCUUGACCGACAAGCUCCCGUUGACGGGAACCUGCCUUGGCUGUGGGGCUCGGUUUGUUGGCAAGGACUGGUUGGACGAUCAUGUGUUGACCAACGACGCCUCCAAGCGGUGCCCGCAUGUCUUGAGCAAUUUGAACUGA